AACAGAGACAGAGCCAAUCAUAUUCAUUUACAGAGAGGCUAAAACAUUUCUUGACCCAAAAAAAAAAAAAAAACAUCUCUCAAUGGAAGUUGCGCAAUCGGAUCCAACCCGGGAUCCAGAUACCCGGUACGAUCGACUUUGCUGCUCGUGUUUUCCCAGCUUCCGAUCAAGAAGCGUUGGAUACUCUUCCUGGGGAAGAAUUCGAACCGUCGAUGACAAUACUCACACUCACAGCGGCGGCGACGAGCCACGGUGGUGGAUCCGAGCAAGCUUGAAGAUCCGAGAGUUGUCUGAAAUCGCAGCUGGUCCACGUUGGAAGACUUUCAUACGACGAUUCAAUCGCGAUCCAAGACGCGGACGCGAUUGGGACGCAAGCGAGAAGUUUCAAUACGAUCCUUUGAGUUACUCUUUGAACUUUGACGGAGACGACGACGAGGACGAGUACGUCGGAUUGGGUGGGAUGCGUAGCUUCUCCACUCGAUUCGCUUCUGUUCCGGUUUACUCAGGUAAAGCUCCGGCGAAUUCUCCUCCGUCUUUGCCUGCGUUGACGCCGCCGCGUGAUGAGAUAAUUGAAAGUUAGUGGGGCGCGUGUGAGAAACGCGUUUGCGUGCGUUUCUGGCGGCGGCGGCGAAAAAGGCUGUCAAAAUGGGUUGACUGGUUGGUUUACAUCUUUUUUGGGGGGGGGUCUGUCGCGGCGGUUUCCUUGUUAUUAUUUUUAAUUUUUUAAUUCUGUUUAUAUAAAUUAAAAGACUAUCAACUUCGAAUUAUUAUUAUUAUUAAUUAUUAUUAAUUCCCACUUUGAUUUAUUUAUUUUAUGAACAAAAAUUUCUGUUUCUUGAAAAAGAAGCAAUAUUUUUGGAGAUAUCAAAAAAGGGUUGUAACUAAUAUAAUUAUGUAAGUUAGCUGUAUAGCAUAUGUGGGAGUAAUGAUUAAGUUAAUCAUAUGAUUUAAUGGACAAAUUAUUUAUUAUGUAUUA